AUGUCGCCGCUAUCUAUUAGCGACGAGUUUGCACAAUACUAUGGAGACCUGUACAACCUCCGUAAUGACGCAACCAUAACCACCCCGACAGAUACCGAGAUAGAGACUUACCUAAACAAACUCAACCUUCCGACCCUGAAAACUCAACAGAAAGAAACACUCAUCCGACCAGUCACCCCAGAGGAGGUAAGGGAUACCAUACAGACGCUGCCAAGGGGCAAGGCCCCGGGCCCAGAUGGCUUUGCCAACUCUUAUUACAGCAAGUUUAGAGAUAUACUGGCCCCCUGCCUAACAGAGGUUUUUAACGAAGCCGCACGAUCACAAACCCUACCGGGGGAGAUGCAGCUAG